AUGGACCGCGGCCCGCCCAGCCUGGAGCCCGCAGCGCCCCGCACCCGGGGCCCGUGCGUGAUCGCGCCCGUCCGGGCUGUGCUGCGCCUGCGCCGCCGCGUGUGUCUGCUGCGCAAGCGUCGCCCGCCGCUGCCUGGCGCACCCGAGGCCGGGGCUCCGCGCGCGGGGGGCGAGCAGCCGCGCUUCUUCACCUUCGAUGGCGCCGCGGAGCUUCCCUCGAGGGCGUCGCGCAAGAAGCGCAGGCGCAGCCGCGCGGUGCUGUACCCCGAGAGUUCGCGCAAGUACCUGCCACGCGCCGAACGCCGCAGCCGUGCGCAGCACUGCCUGCUGCUGCUGGUGGCCAUCGUGGGCUUCCAGGUGCUCAACGCCAUCGAGAACCUGGAUGACAAUGCUCAGCGCUAUGACCUCGAUGGGCUGGAGAAGGCGCUGCAGCGCGCCGUGUUUGGGCAGCCGGCCGCCAUAAGGCGCAUUGUGGCGCUGCUGCGGGACUACCUGGCCACGCACGUCCAUAGCCGCCCACUGCUCCUGGCACUGCAUGGGCCCAGCGGGGUGGGCAAGAGCCAUGUGGGACGCCUGCUGGCACGCCACUUCCGCGCGGUGCUCGACGAUGGCGCGCUGGUGCUGCAGUACCACGCGCGCCAUCACUGUCCGGAGUUGCGAGGAGCGCAGGCCUGCCGCGAGGAGCUGGCCCAGCGCGUGGCCGACGUAGUGGCGCGGGCAGAGGCGGAGGAGAAGACGCCGCUGCUGGUGCUGGACGAGGUGGAGGCCAUGGCGCCCACGCUGCUGGACGAGGUGCACGGCUUCCUGCAGCCACAGAGGUCACGCCAGUUCCACAGCGCCAUCUACGUCCUCCUGAGUGGCGCGGGCGGCGGGGAGAUCACGCGCUUCGUGCUGCAGAAUGCCUCCCGGGCGCUGCCCCAACAGCCCAGGCCUGAGGGUGGCCACGAGGGUCGGGAGGAAGGCCGGGCGGAGGAGGAGCUGCGCGCCACCCUGCGGGGCGUCCUGACCCGCGAGCACCCGCUCUGGAAGUCAGCGGCCAUCGUGCCCUUCCUGCUGCUGGACAAAUGGGAUGUGGUCAACUGCUUCCGGGAAGAGAUGGCCGGGGAGGGCUUCUUUCCUGAGCAGGCCCGGGCUGAACGCCUGGCGGCCCAGCUCAGCUACUAUCGCGUCUCUGGCCGUGAGUACUCGGUCACUGGCUGCAAACAAGUGGUGUCCAAGGUGAACCUCUUGUAA